GUGCAGAUGUUCGACAAGAGGAGCUCUGUGUGCAGACCGAGAAACUGGAGGACAGCACUGUCAUAGCCAGAGCCGCAGAGGAUAGAGGCAACGAGCGCGGACAUGAAUGCCUUUGCAGUACUUCGGACCGGGCGGAAGAUGCCCCUCAUUGGGUUGGGCACAUGGAAGAGUGAGCCUGGGAAGGUAAAACAAGCAGUGAUGUGGGCCUUACAGAGUGGAUACCGCCACAUCGACUGCGCCUCUAUCUACAGCAACGAGGUGGAGAUCGGAGAAGCUUUACAGGAGAUGGUCGGGAUGGGAAAGGCCCUGAGGCGAGAGGAUGUUUUCAUCACUUCUAAACUGUGGAACACCAAGCACCACCCUGAUGACGUGGAGCCCUCACUGCUCCGGAGCCUGCAAGACCUGCGCCUGGACUACCUGGACUUGUACCUCAUCCAUUGGCCCUAUGCCUUCCAGCGAGGUGAUGUGGCGUUUCCCCGAGCAGAGAGCGGCGCACUGCUGUAUGAUGACAUUGACUAUAAGGAGACAUGGGCAGCCAUGGAGAAGCUUGUGGAAAAGGGCCUGGUGCGAGCCAUUGGCCUGUCCAACUUCAACAGCCGACAGAUUGAUGACAUCAUCGCUGUGUCUACUAUUCAACCUGCUGUGUUGCAGGUGGAGGCUCACCCAUAUCUGUCCCAGGAGCUGCUGUUGUCUCACUGUCAGGAGCGAGGUCUGGUUCUGACAGCUUACAGCCCCCUGGGGUCCGCUGACCGCGCUUGGAAGCACCCAGACGAACCUGUCCUGCUGGAGGAGCCCGUCAUCAAUGCUCUGGUCACAAAGUACCACAAGUCCCCCGCUCAGAUCCUCCUCAGGUGGCAGACACAGAGGGGUGUGGUCGCAAUCCCAAAGAGCGUCACGGAGUCUCGCAUUAAAGAGAAUAUACAGGUAUUUGACUUCAGCCUUCAGCCUGAGGAGAUGGACCGCAUCAGUGCUCUUAACCGCAACUGGCGCUACAUUGUCCCCAUGGUGGAAGUGGAUGGGAAGCGUGUUCCCCGUGAUGCAGGACAUCCGCACUACCCCUUCAAUGACCCAUACUGACCUAGACUGCUGCCUCAGCCUGUGCCUUCCUCUCACAGACUGUUUCAAGAGUCAUAUAUGUUGUACUGUCACUGUGAUGAGAGAAAGACUGUCAGAGGUUCUUUUUUUAAUAAACAUUUGUUACUUUCUUUU